CGGAAGCCGGGUUGCUUCGUAUGUUUAUCAGGCGUGAACACUGAACCGGAAUGCAGCAGUUAGUGUCAGGGUGCAGGCGUUGAGUCUUGGGUUGUCUUCAUUUGUCACAUCACGUGUACGGUGGGUAGCGACUACAAGUAGACACACGGAGGAGACAUAAAGUACAAUGCAGAAAAAUUCAAUAAAUGUUAAGAAGGAGGAAGAUGACUGUGAAUGGGAACCUGUCCGGCCGAUGCAGGAGAGUCCAGGCAUUAAGAAGGAGGAGGAUUGUGAAUGGGAGCCAGAGGGCAUUAAAGAAGAAUCGGAGCAGGGGUCUGCCUGCAUUGACAUGAAGUGUGAUGCUGAGCUCAAUGUGCAGUCUGAAGGUCAAGAUGGAAUGACGAAUGGAUUAGUGACCACACAUAGUAGUAGACUGUCCUCACUUCCGGGGCAUUCUGUGAAAUCUGAAUCCUUAAUGUACGACACAAUUGUAACUGAGGGAUUAACGCCAAAGGAUGAACCCUUAUCUACAGAUUUAUAUAACAGUGGCAACGUCUCCCCAUCUUCCUCCAGUCGGCCAUCACUUCAGUGUAGACUACAAGAAAAUAAAAACCUGAAGAAGCUGACCCUUAUGUCAAAGAUUUGCACACCUACUUCUUCUUCCCAGUGCACUUCUCAACCUGUUGUGAAUGUCCUGAAGACUGACCUUGUAAGCACUCUUCACUCAGUACAAAAUACAAAUUCAGCAGUUCUAUAUAUCUGCCGGGAACAAGAGAAGAGUGAUAAAUGUGAAUCUGAAUGUAAAGAUAACCAGAUACGUCAAAUGGGACAGAAGACAUACCGCUGUUCUGAAUGUGGCAAAAAGUUCCCUGAUAUGGCCAGAGUAGAGGCACACAAAAGAAUUCACGCUGGGGAAAAGCCGUACUCCUGUGCUGAAUGUGGCAGACAAUGCACUUCACUGAGCAAUCUUCAGAACCAUACAAGAAUUCACAGUGGUGAGAAGCCAUAUUGCUGUUCUCAGUGUGGCAAACAUUUUUCUCAGAUGGGCCACCUUCAGGUGCAUAUAAGAAUUCAUACUGGUGAGAAGCCAUUUUGCUGUUCUGAAUGUGGCAAACAGUUUUCUCAAAAGAGCCAUCUUCAGGCACACACACGAAUUCACACUGGAGAGAAACCAUACAGCUGUUCUGAAUGUGGGAAACAAUUCUAUACUAGUGGCCAACUUCAGAACCACACAAGAAUUCAUACUGGUGAAAAGCCAUAUUGCUGUAAUGAAUGUGGCAAACAGUUUUCUAAUGGGGGCACAUAUCAUAAACACACAAGGAGUCACACUGGACAAAAGCCAUAUUGCUGUUCUGAAUGUGGUAACCAAUUCUCGAAUAGGGCCAGUUAUCUGAAACACACAAAACUCCACACGUUGGCAAAGCCGUAUUGCCUUUCAGAAGUCUCUACUCGUGCUAAUCAUCAGACACGCACAAGAACAGACCCUAAAGAGAAGCCAUAUUGGUGUUCAGAAUGUGGCAAUCGAUUCUCUCAUAAGUGCAGUCUUAAUAAACACAUAAGAGCUCACGCCAGAGGGAAACCAUAUUCCUGUUCUGAAUGUGGCAAACAUUUCUCACAAAUGGGCAACCUUAACAUACAUAAAAGAAUUCACACUGGAGAGAAGCCAUAUUCCUGUUCUGGAUGUGGCAAAAGAUUUGCACAAAUGGGCACACUUCAGAAGCACACAAGACGUUACAUUGGAAAGAACCGGUAUUGUGGCUCUCAAUGCGGUGAAUGAUUCUCCACCCAUAAUGAGACACAUAAAAGAAUUCACACUGAAGAGAAGUGAGCAGUUACACUUGGACUAGCAAUUCUCAAAUGACACUUGGAACUCAAUGCCUUCAGCAGCAGAAAAUGAACUUUUAUUUUCAACCUCAAAGAAGGAUGUGUCGUCAAGAAGCCUGUAAAUACUUGUGAAAUGAAUUUAAUGACAAGGUAGAAAACUGACAUAGAACACAUUGCUCAAAUGAAUAAAUCCUCAGACGUUUCUCAACAAUAUGCAGGAAAGCGCGAGUCAUAAACCAACUAGCCUUCCCCAUCUUGGCAUACUGCUUCAGAAUCACAGAUUGGCUACCAAAUGACCUGAAUUACCUGGAUGCUAAAACAAGAAAACUACUCCGUGCACCUCAAUUAAUCUUUAUAGAUCAAUACAUUUGGAGAUCUGGGGGUGUAAUUGACCCUACGUUGUAGUCUAGGCCUACCUGAUGUGUCCUCAAGACCAACGUGUAUAGAUGAUAUUCUGCCAUGAUGCAAAAUAACUUGGAACAACAUCUGUUAUACAGCUAGGUCAAUUGUUUCGUAAAAAUUACUACAUGACUGACCACCCCCCAUUUGUGCAGACAGUGACAGUAGAAAUACAGGAUAAUGGAAAACAAGAAGGUGUUACUCACAAGACAUUCCGAACCCACCUGACAGAAGUAUUGAUGCCAUGAAACCAGAUGUUGUUGCUGACAAGAAACAAUUAGAGAAAAUCUGGAUUAAAGAAAUGUCCUUACCAAGAGACGACACAGAGCUGAAACUGUAAAGGCAUAAAACAACAAUAAUAAUAACUCAUUAAAAAGAAAUGUAAUCGGAGAUUAGGCCAGAUGUGUAAUAAAUACACAAACAUCAUGCUGGUGGUGAGAGGGCUAAUUAAGUGGAACUUCUUGACCUCCUGAUAACUAUCACCACUUCCUGUCAACUACAAAAACAGGUGCUAAUGCUAACAAUGCAGUUACUACCCCAAGCCCUUGUAGUUUUAAGAAGAAGAACAUCAUGGUGCAACAUCUAGUCAUGGCUAACAGGUGAGGUCUGCCCUGGAAGACUUUCAUUGAUCAUUAACCUCCAAGAGUAGCUAUCUAUGUGACAAGUGAUUCUCUUAAACUAAUUUCUUCAGAGACACACCAGUAUUCAUACUAGAGGCAGCACUGGAACUCUGCCAAGCCCACACAGCUAAAUUACUGAAACAAAUAAAAAUAUGUACAAAUGAA